UUUUUUUAGCUACACAUAUCUAAAUCUAAUGAAGAGCCCUGCAAUAUAUCCUUGGUUCAUGAACGUUGCUCUCCCUUGAAAUCACCAAUUAAUAGUUUUAGAAACUGAGCAUUACAACAAUUAUGAAGCAGGGAAUCUUGUAUUUCACUACAGUAAUUUUAGCCGUGCGCCCUUGAUAAAUUGGAAGUAUACUGAAGGUUUAUGCUGUACUUUUUGUACAUUCAAGAUGGCUGCUCAGUGCUUCAUGGCAGAAUAUAUUCACCAACAUGAAGACAGAAUUACUGCUGAGUCUAUACUAGACUGUUUCACAGCUUUUUGCAGAAAAGGAGGAGAAAGGAUGAUGCAUAUAUAAAAUCUGUAGGUUGCCAUAAAUUGCAGUGAUGAAGCAGUUUGAAUUUUUGAUGCAAAGCUUUACAUGAGAAAAGAUGAAUCCAUCAAAUGAAUGAGAAUGUUUACCCUUCACCUGGAUGUGUCUUUAAGAAUCUCACUCUGAACUGAAGAUAAGAUAUUAAUGUUUCUACUGAAGAGUAAAAUGACUCCCUUGUAGGAAAAUACAGUUUGUAAAAAUUGUAAAACUUCUGAGAAGUUUAGAAGGUUGGAAUAGUUGACUAAGAACAUGUCAGUGCUUUGCGACUUUAUAUAUUAGCUCAUUAUUAACUUUUGCCUCACCAGCUGAAGUUACGGUCACUCACUCAUUAAGGGCUGCUUUUGGAACUUGAAUUUCACAUUUCACAGCGAGAAACACAAGAUGGUCUCAUCAAUAAGUUUUUGUUGCCAAAAUUAAUGAUUUCAUUGUGUUACAGUGGAUUAUCUUCUCUCUCUCUUUUUUUUUUUAACCAUUUUGUCGCGUUUAGUUGAAAGCUGCAGACUGUAUAUGUUUGAUACAUUAGUUUCCACUUUAAAUAUGCAAGUUGUGAGUGUUGUGAAGUUGGUAACAGUCUCCUCUUAACACUGAUAACUUUUGCACUUUUUCUUGCAUUGAAUUUAAUAGUUUGCAACAUUCUGCUAUCAAGUAUUUUAUGUAUGUUAUCACUAAGCCUGCCCUGCUCAGGAAAAAACAGUUGACAUGAAAGUUCUUAUUACUUACAUGAGCUUGUUGCAACAAUCUGUUGAAUUUUGACGUUCAGAAAUACUGGUACUAUCAUUGAUAUGGAAUUGUACGGCCUUAAAUAAGUUACAGCAGAACUUCUUCUCUCAGGAUGAUGUAUUUCCAACUCUAAGGCCAGUAUUUCAUAGAUUUUAAAGUUAUAAUGAAGUGUUCGACUGGGCAAAACAAAGACGGGAGGUGGAUGCAUCACAUACGUGGUACAGACGCUCACACCAGCAGUCCCUAUUCACUGUCAUCCUGUAGAUUUUUACAUCAGUACCAACUGGCUAGAGAGCAGCUCAGUGUGCUGAACAAAACCCCUCUGUGUCAGCAUGCAGCUGCAGCUUCCGAGAUGCCCUACUCGGAUGCAUGACCCAGUGUGGAGGGGCUGGGGACUUCAGCCACAGAAUGUGGGGGGGUCGUGUUUUUGAGGACAUUCAUCAGACUUACCUCUCGUGUCGCAUUUUGGCCCCACUUGAGAAGUCUGUCCAUUUUUUUAGCCAGUAUGUUGUCAGUGUUGGCUUCAGUCCAGCAGUAGCAGGGAGGUUGUUACACAGCGUCUGCCAUCCGCUCAGUGUCCCCCCCCCUUUCACUGCUUGGACUGUUCCAUUUCACAUCUGAAAAAAUCUGAUGGUUGGAGAAGAGUUCUUCAUGUCAGGGACUGCUGUAGCCUCAGCACACACAGUACUGUAGCUCCUGGAUCACCCAAGAUAAGCAAAUGGACCAGAAAGAGCUGAGUGAUCCCCUGAAUGACGUAUCACUGAUUAAAGAUGACCUGACCAAGUCAAACAGGGGGUCCUCCGGUGACUCAGAAAAGAUGAUUCAGCGCUUGACUGAUGAACUUCGAGAGGCCCAAGAGCUUGCUAAUAUGGAGAAACAUAAAUGCAUCGAGCUACAAGGUUUCCUGGAUGAAGAGAGGAAAGAAAAUCAACAACAAGCUGAUGAAUCUGCAAAACAAAUAAAAUAUCUUCAAGGCCAGCUGCAGCAGCUCCAAGAUGAGGUGGGUGUUCUCAGAGAGCAGUUAGACGUUUCCUCUGGUUCGCGUGACGAGCUACAAAGUGCACGUGAUGAAGUGAAGUCGCUGAAACAUGCCCUGGAGGCUGCCACUGCCGAGCGGGACCGUGACGUCGCUGCUGUCCACUCUAACCUGGCAACAGUCUCGAACGAUCUGGACAAGUGGCGUCAGACUGCCAACAAAUACGAACGCGAGAUUGACAACCUACAGCGUGACCUUCAGCAGCAGAGCAAGCAGUGGCAGAAAACUGCAGAAAUACAAGCCAGUGAGCUCCAGUCCAUGCAGGUGGAGUGUAACGGUCUUCAGAAGGAGUGUUCUGUUCUGCGAUCUGAGAAACAGGACACUGUGAAUAAGCACCAGAAGGAAAAGAACAGUCUGCAAAGUGAAUGUGCUUCCCUCAGGGCUGAGAGGGAGGAACUCCUCAAGACUCACCAGAAAGAGAAGGGUGCCCUGCAGACUGAAUGUGCAGCACUGCGCACUGAGAGAGAGGCGCUGCUGCAGAAACAGCAGCAGCUGGAGAAGGACCUUGCCAGUUCACGUGCCCAGAGUGCUGAGUUGAACAACAGUCUCAGAACCCUUGAGCAAUCCCAACAGGAGCUGGAGAAGAGGCUUGUGGCCCUGCAGCUCCAGCACCAGCAGGAUAGCACCAAGCUGCAAACCCAACUGGAUGAGGCAGACAGCUGCAGCAAGGCUCUGCAGAGAGAGUGUGAGGAGUCUAAGACGGAGCUGUUAGACCUGAAGGAAAAAUACAAGAAGUCUGAGCAGGAAAAGCAGUUGGUUGCAGAUGAACUUGAGGAGUGCAAAGCCAACAUGAAGGACCUGCAGGAGAAGGGAUCGAAGACUUCCCUAUUGCUGCCUGUUCAAGCCAUAGUCAUCGGCCUUAUCCUGGCUUUGCUGUAUUGGUGCUUCGGCGCAUUGUGGUAGUAAGAAACCGUGGAUGAUCUGGGGGCCUGUGGUUGCCGUGGCUCUAACAGCUGUGACUGCUGCUGUGCUCUUCAGGACCUGAGGGCAACUUUCGUUCAAACACACACAGACGUAAACGCAUAUUUGUCAUCAGAUGUGAAAACAUGCCCCCUUAUCAUAUCUGCACUAUUAAUUAGGAGGGCUCAUAUUUAACUCUGUUUAAUUUUUGAGAUGCUCUAUUUUAGUUGGCAGAGACGUUAAUAAAAGAAUGUCAGUAUUGUGUGCAAAUCAAUAAUUUUGUAUGUCUGUCAUUUGAAGGAAAUCUAGUUGGGUUGUAUUCUGUUGACUAUUUCGACUCAUAGGAUUAUCCAUUAAUGAAUGUAAAAAUUCUUUACACAUUUAACAGAUUCUAAGUAUAGAUUUAAACUUUAUCACUUGGAGUUUGAGCCUCUUUAAACGUAGCACAUCUAUGUGAUAGAUAACAUUGUCACAAUAACACAGCCCCUAAUGGAGUGCAUGAUAGCAGUACAACAGUGGGUGGCUGUGACGAGCACUGCAACAUAUUCUGUUGGCAUAACUAUUAUCAGUGUGAAAAUAGUUCAGCUGAGCAGGAAUUUGUCUUGUUUUUUCAACAGAGCAUCAUUAAAUAGAACUGCAGCAAAUCACCUGUAGAGCUAUUUAUUGAUAAGCUUAAUUUCUAGACUUCAGGUGCUGUGUUUGUAUUUUACUUCUACUUUUCUUCUGCUUUUUAUUUCAGGUAUGUUUCUGUACACUCCAAUAGCCACUCACAUUCAGAUUCAGGAGCAUAAAAUUAGAACCGUUUUUUUGUUAUUGCAUAGCAUAUAUGUGUACCAGUGGAGUUUGGUGCAACAGAUGUUUUGUUAACAACCCUGUCUGUCUGUCUGUCGUAUGAUAAAGGAAAGUCAGUAUUACACAACACAUCACCACAUAACACAAUAUAGUAUACAUGCAUUGUUGAGUAUAUUGUGUCAUAUAUUUUCAGUAGCUGCUGCAAGACACCCGUGUAAUAUUUUAAAUGCCUAAGACUGACGUGAUCCCAUUCUGAACUGGAACCACGCCCUCAGAUCAUUUUUUCUUCUUCUAUUGAUUAAAUGUUUGUUGAAAUUCUGAAAUUUAUCUUUAAAUAUGUAUAUUAAUUUGGUGUACUUAUGAUCAUUCUGAAUUUGUUCAAUUCCCUGAAAAUAAAUGAAAAGAGAUUGAAAGAUA